AUGCUGGUGGGCGCCAGGCUCCAGCGGCGGCGGCGGCAGCUGCAGCACCAGCCCCGCCGGCGGCAGCCUCUCCUCUGGCCGAUGAAUGCAGACCCGCCGCCGCCGCCGCCCUGGGUUUGGAUGGUGCCCGGCUCGGCCGGGCUGUUCCGGCUGGGAGCGGGGGUCGCGGCCCCGCCCGUGCUGCUCGCCUCGGCGCAGCCCCCCGCCGGCCCGCUGCUCCCGGGGCUGCCCGCCUGGCAAGCUCCCGGCGAGCCCCUGCUGCCGCUGCCGCCGCUGCCCUCUGCGCCAGACCACGCCGCCGCCGCCGCCGCGCACCGCUACCCUGUGCUCCACGGGCAGUGGCUGUUUGGUGGUCAUUCCCCAUCGAUUGGACUGUCCCCCACUUCCUCUGUGGAACUGGUGCCCAUUUUCCCACAUGUCUGCACAUCCGCUCUUCCACUUCCUGUUGGGAAAAGCUGGAUGGACAAAAGGAUCCCUAAUUGUAAGAUCUUUGUAAAUAAUUCCUUUGCUCUGGACUCAACGUGGGUGUAUCCUGAGGAAUCAAGGUUGUUUCACGGGCACCAAAAGCCUCAGCUAUGGACAAACCAAGUGGCCGUGUCUCUGUCCAGACCAGCCCCUGCCUCCAGGCCUCUGCCCACAGUGGUGUUAGCGCCUCAGCCCCCACCAGGUGGCUCUCACAGCAGCCUUAAGCCCAUGGGCAGUGGCCCCACCGUGGCCAUCGCAGCUGCCGCUGCAGCCGUGGUCUCCGUGGACCCCGAGGGGCUCGGUGGCCUGCCCCCCUCCAGGACGCAGCCCUGCCACUUCCUGACCCUGGCGCCCAUCAGGAUCCCCUUGCGGACCGCACCCUUCCCCGACAAAAGCAGAGAGCGCAGCCGGGCGCCCUGCCCCCCAGCCCUGGUGCUACACGCAGAGAGGAAGAGCCCAGCGGGGGAUGGAGAGGACAAGGAGCCUCCGUCGAUCCUGGUGACCAGCGAGGACAGUGCGGCCAAAGGCACGAGGCCCGUGGCAUCCACCCCGGUGCCGGGAUCCCCCUGGUGUGUGGUCUGGACAGGAGAUGACCGAGUUUUCUUCUUCAACCCGACGAUGCAGUUGUCCGUCUGGGAGAAGCCGAUGGACUUGAGGAACCGCGGGGACCUCAACAGGAUCAUCGAAGACCCUCCCCACAAGCGCAAGCUGGAGGCAGCAGCAACCGAGCCCAGUGAUGGAUCGAGUUCUGAAGAUGGCAGGGAAGACCCGGAUGUGAAAACCAAGAGGAAUCGGACGGAAGGCCAUGUGAGUCCCAGGCCCCAGGAGGCGGAGAGACAGGACGCGGGCGCCAAGACACCCCCACCCCAGAUCCUUCUGCCACUGGAGGAGCGAGCGACCCACUUCCGAGACAUGCUUCUGGAGAGAGGGGUGUCAGCGUUUUCUACCUGGGAGAAAGAAUUACAUAAAAUCGUGUUUGAUCCACGCUAUCUCCUGCUGAACUCGGAGGAGCGGAAACAGAUAUUUGAACAGUUUGUCAAGACAAGAAUAAAAGAAGAAUACAAGGAGAAGAAAAGCAAAUUGCUGCUAGCCAAAGAAGAAUUCAAAAAGCUUCUAGAGGAAUCUAAACUGUCACCCAGGACCACAUUUAAGGAGUUUGCUGAGAAGUACGGCCGGGAUCAGAGGUUUCGACUCGUCCAAAAGCGGAAGGACCAGGAACAUUUUUUCAACCAGUUCAUCCUUAUUCUCAAGAAGCGGGACAAGGAAAACAGACUCAGGCUCCGGAAGAUGAGAUGAGAGUGUGAGGACGUGAUCAGGCUGAGCGUCCGAGCAUCCGGGGCGGAGGUGGAGGCGGCUUGGGGGUGGCCCCGCCCAGCUGGGUUGGGAGCCCACGGGCCAUGGGCUUAGGUCUCCCAGGAUUACUGUUUCAUAUUGAAGCUCCCUUUGGUACAGCCUUCCAAGUUUGAUGCAUUUCUUAUUUGCCAUAUGUCGCUCCCUUAAUUGUUUUACUUACGCAGAUUACUUGUAAUAUAGACAAAUUCUAAGUCUGCCGCAGGUUUGCACCUCAGCGGAAAGAGGCACCGACUCUGACCCCCUCAAGGCGUUUUCAUCAUUCGAGCCAAUUAUCCGAAACUUUUCUGGAAACCUUUGUGAGUUCCUUCCAUCCCUCAGGAGUUCCACGGUGUUGGGGUGUCCCAACUCGGGUCCCGGGUAUCAGUCUAGUUUCCUGAGUAGUAGCAUAGGUUGUUCAUCAUCGCAGUGACACCUGUGACCAUCAGACACAUGGACCACGGACCACCUACAGGUUGAAGGAUGACCACCCACCCUCUCCCCCGGGGAGUGCUGGGCCUGGAGAAGGGGGCUACGCUGUCUGUGGGAGGUCCUCCUUAAAAAAGAAUUAUUUUGUACAAAAUCAUCUUAUGGAUAUUUGAGUUAUUUUUCUUGUAUGCCCAGAGUUUGCAUGAGAUUUUUCUCACCAUCUUUGUAUAAAAAAAUUUUAAAUUUUUUUGAAUUAAUAAAUAUUUUAAACCAGUGUA